AUGGAGUCUCCGAACGUAUGUGGAAGGAAACUGUUUGAGUUCAAGACAUGGAGGACUAAAUAUCAAGUACCAACUCUUCAUAAACAAACUACUUUAAGGGCUUCGACAUUACGUUCACAAAAACAAGCAUCUUACAAACCAAAGAAACUAUACAAAUCCGAAAUGUUCAUGGACAAUAAAAAGUUUAGGUCCAGGAAGCAACAACUUCUUUAUGAUAUGUCUCUAGCAGGAAAAUACCAAAGAUUAUUGAAAAAGAAUCCUUUUUUAUACUUUGGGUUACCCUUCUGUAGUAUGAUUGUUUUGGGUUCCUAUUGGCUUCAAGAUUUUACCGCACUGAAAUAUGAACAAGCUGAUAGGAAAGUGCAAGAAAUAAAUGAAGAAGAUAUAGUCAAGAUGAAAAAUAAUCAACAUAAAUUCGACAUGAAGGAAGAAUACUAUCGUCUUCAAGGGUUACAAGAAGAGGACUGGGAACCUGUGCGUGUUCCUCGUAUUGAUGGUGAGUCCGAUAAUGUCUGGUGA